AUGGGCGAAAUCAAGGCUGAACUAGUGUCACUUCAAACAACAUAUGCAAGCUACCUUGUGUACAAAUUACCAGAAGACGACGAUCUGUCCAGUUGUGUGGGUCCUACGUAUGUGAAGGAAUUGGGUUCGGGUUAUUGGAUAAUGGAUGACUGUCGGUACAUCUAUUUCGUUAGUCCUCAAAUCCCAGUUAUUAGAAGCAAUGGUGAUGAUAACAUCCUACGUAACCCAGCUAAUAGACUCAAGAUAAAAGGCAUUCCACAACAGAGGAGCGAUGGUUGGAUGGAGGUACAAAUAUGGGAAUUUCAGACUGGUAUUACAACCAAAACGAUCCCUAUGCAUCUUCGAUUGGAACGUUACAUUGUCCCGACAAUUCGUGGUCUUGUUAUUCAAGGCAUUGAGUUUAGACCUGUUUAA